GUGUUUAUCAUUGAAAAUAUGCGAAAAGUGCAGACCGCUGCAGCGCGCUGAUUGACGCAGGCAUCGCCGAAUGCAGCAGUGCACCCGUGACGUCUCUUUUAAUAAAUCAGUUUGGAGCAUUUAUUAUUAUUCGUCGAAUACGCAAAUUUCCCAAUUUCACUGAAAAUUCAAUUGGAAACAAAACUCUCGAAGGAAACAUUUAAUGGGCUUUCGCUGCACGUUCCGUUUUCGUAAACAUUUGGUUUUAGGUUACCGUACAAAGUAUUUUAAAAGUAAAUACAAAGAAGCAAGGAAAGAAGCAAGACAUAUUGAACUGUUGACAAGCUGUCAUUAUUUGCACAUUGGUUACGAUCGCAUGGAAUAUCUUAACAAAAUUCUUAUUAUUUGAUCAUAAAUUUUCAGAAAAAUUACAAGUUUUAGUAUUGUAUCAUCAUCAAAAAGCCGAUGGCCAACCUCUUCUUAAAAACUAAAACUCUUUGUGUAUUGACCGGUUGGAUUGUUUAGUCAGAUGUUUUAAAUAAAUUACACAUGCUACUGGGUAAACAAACAUUCGGCAUUGAAACAACUCAAGCAAUAAGACAGACAUUAAAGACCAUCGUGAAUCGUUUAGAAUUUCUCAAAUCAACUGAGCGAUAAAACAAUUCCAUUUUUUUCAGUCCACCCAUCCCAUUACAAUGCAGUCGAAUGUUUUCAAAAUGCUUAAAUUCUUGUUUGACACGUUUGGACAUAAUAAUUCAAAAGCGAGACAGUUUCAGUGCCUAAUGAAUGAUUUAUUGAGUGGGCUACGUUCCGAAAUUCGAAAAUAUUUAUUUGGCAUAAUAGGACUAGCGAUCUGAACAGUGUGCCUCUUGGGGCCACGGCCAGUAGUGCAACGUGUAUUUUCACCGAAUUUCACUCGAUUUCCGUUUGCCCAAUGCUAAUGUAGAAAUCGCAGAAUUCCCCCGAAGGGCAGCCAGGUAAUAUUUAUCUCCAGACCGCCGCCCCCAAUGAGCUCACAUUUAAUACGUGGUCGGCGGUAAACACGCACACGAAUCGUAUCUGCCGACAUGUCUAUGGGAAAUAGGAAAUUGGCCAGAAGCGGCCAACUAUUUGAGUUUCUAUCGUAACACUAGAACGCCCGGACUUGUAUAAAAUAAACAGGCAAAGGUACAAUAAAUUGAGGAAAACUUAUUUGUGUGUGUGUGUGUGUGUGCCCGGGCAAGCAAAGUACAAGAAAAUACAAAUAUCGAACACAAUGGAAACAAUAAUGUGCGAAACGAUUGGAAAUGCGCCACAGUCGCUGACGCUGUCUCCACCGCAUUUUCCCUCUCUGUCUCUGUGCCUCUCUGCCUCUCUGUCUCUCCGUCUAUAUCUCUAUAUCUCUGGCCCAGUCCGGUCAGCGUCCGAUUCUCAGUCAGAAGCAGCCGGCUAGCCGGAGGGCCAACAACAAGUCGCAGGCGCGAUAAGGCAAUCGAUUGGAAUUAUCGAAAUAAUCGCUUCAAAUUCGAUAUCCUCAGGGGGAUCCUUUUUUUAUAGUUCAUGGAAAGUAGGAUAGUCUAAGGAGUGAUCGGAAAUGAAUCAACGCAAAAUUUCGACAGUAAACGCUUAAGGUUUCUAAACCUAGUCGGUGAACCUUCGUCAACCAAAUAUUAUUUAAUUGUUGUGUUAGAUAGUAAGAGUUUUUGUGUGUGUCUGAACCAAAUACCACAUUCUAUUAAAUUCAUUUGUGAUUUAUAAAUAACGAAAUCGGUUCCUUGUCAAUAAACCUUAUUCUAUAAUCAAAUAAGUUUAACAACCAUUACCAUUUCUAUACCGUGCUGAUCUCUAAGGAUUCAAUGUUAAUCGAAAUAUCGAAACCAAUACAAAUUUGUUCUUUUAUUUUGUGUUCCAGCAGUACUGCGGAAGAGUACAUGUUAAUUCUUCGAAAAUGCCUUCGCUCGGCAUCUGAGCAGGUGACAAGUGUUAAAGUGCAAUGUGCUAAUUAUGUCACACGGGGCGUAUGCGUGCUGUUGAAAGCCAAUAGCAAGUGAAAGCCAAAGUAAGAGGCGCAAACGGGUAACGGCAAAUAGAGAACGAAUAGAGAAAGAUGGUGGCGAUGGAGAAGGCCUAAACCACCAUUCAAUACUUGUUGAAUUAUAAGCCAAGUGCGAGUGUGUGAGUGCGAUUGUGGAAACAAAAAAAACAAAUGUCAACUGCCAAUGCCCCUAGAGUGUAAAACGAAAUAUGUGAAAGAUACAAGCGAAAAUGAAGUGUCAGCGUUCUGGGAUGAAAUUAUCAAUUGGGCAAGCUGCUGGUGAAAUGUGAUUUAUCCACCUGCCGCUGGUUGAGGUGUUUUCCAAAUGUGUUAGCCGUGUGUGCGUGUAGACAACAAAGGGAAAUAAUGUCAUGCAUUGGCUCGACGGCAUUUCUUUGGAUGACAAUUUAAUUAGCGGACGCGCCAGCGGCAGCAACGGCGACAACAGCGACGGCAAUCAGCGGAAAUCAACGCAGUCGAGCUCAUCGCCCACCAAAGCAAAACGAAGACGUCAUGCACACUAUAAGCUAAACAGCAGAUUGGACAGAAAGUCUUCGCGUGGCAUGAUAUACGAAAAUGAGGAGCUCAGGCUGCGCACCAUUAACAUUAAUGCAGAAGUGGAACGAGGGCAAUCGGACAUCAAGCGCUUGCGGCGGGAGAAUGAGCAACUGCGUCGGGAAAUCUGGACAUUGCGGGACGAGUGCGACAGGCUAAACAAACGCUUUAAGGCGAAGCUCAACGAGCACGAGUUUGGUGGAUGCAGGGGCAGUGGGGGGAGUGGCGGCACAUGCCACGCCUACCGCUGCAGCGGCGGAGGCGGUGGGCGAGGGAGCGGAGGUUGUGAUGUAAACAGUGAUGACUCUGACUCAUGUGAUACGUGUCGCGGGGCAGACGACGGCCACUGCAGCGACGAGUGCUGCAAAGAGGGUGGAUCUUGUGCCCCGCCAAAGCCUCCACUUCCGCCGGAUGUGCCCAGCCAGCACCCAACGCAAUCUAAAAGCGAGGAAUGCAACAGCAGCAUCCAGAGCAAGGAUCCGCAGCCCGUGCACUUCGAUCACCUCUCGGUGGUCUCGGAGGAGACCCUGAGUAACCCGGAGCUUAUGCUCGCCCAGCAGCAGGAGCACCUGACGAUAUUCCCCCCACCAGACGCCCACGGAUCGCAAAGCACGCUGCCCAGCAUGAUGGGACCGCUCACCCCGCUGACGCCCAUCGAACUGGUGGCCAAUCAGCUGAACGACCUGCAGGCGAUGGUGCCACCACUGUCCUACUUUGAGAACAUCCUGUCGCAGCACAUGGGCGCACGAAAUGCGGCACAAACGCCCUCUCCGGAGUUGGGAACCAGUUCGAGCACCACCACCGGCAAGACGAUGCGGCACACGAACGGCUGGGACUACAACCUGCAGUCGCCCUUCACGCAGCGCAAGUACAACGAGCAGUCGUCGCCGUCCCGCUCGCCACCACCGCCUGUGAGCACGAUGACCACAUUUGUGCCCACGUCCACCCUGCAGACGAUGCCCAAGAUCGCACUGAAUGCGCCGUCACAAUCACAUCUGCCGGAUGGUGGUGACAUUGAAACCGUGGCCAUCACCACAAAUGCCGCGCAGCAUGCGCUCAACAGUCCGAAGCACUUCUUUGCGCCGAUCAAGCCGCGUUUGAAGCUCAACACUAAGCUAGCCAAUCAGGGACAGGAUCUGGAGCAGGACGAUCUUCCGCCAGGCUCACCGCCGCCGCCCUUGCGAGAUCCACCGGAUAUCUUUGUGAAUAACGCUCUGGCCUCGCCAUAUCAACGCCAAGUGUCCCCGCAAGUAAGUCCUCGUCACCGACGGUCCACACACUCGCAUUGCCACGCCCACGCCCACAGCCACGCCCACAGCCACCAGCGCAGCCGGCAACGCCCACAGCCCAGCCACUGCUCCCUGCAUCGGGCGGUGGUGGACGUGGCCGCUGCCGUCGGCUUGGGUGAAGUGGGUCCUUAUCCGGGUUCUAGUGUUCUCGACAUAUACACCGCUGCACUGGCGGCUGCCGCUUCCGCCAGGUGCUCGCCGCUUCCGGCGGCCAAAUCCGCUGAACCCAUCUACGCCCAAGCACAAAAGCCCGGCCAGAAUGCGUGCAUCCCUGCCACGUCUGUCACACAGCCGGUGAUGACCAUCGCCACCCAAUCCACCAAGACAACCACCACUAGGUGGCCUUCGCCCCAAAGAUUGGCCAUGCAAACAAAGGCCGUUGGCGAGGCCAAGAGGGCGGCCAAGUCCGCGGAGAACGUCAGUCAGAUGGAUUCGGUCAACUUGGAGUCAAUUCUGAACGACAUCGAGACGAUCUCGGAGGACAUACUGGCCAUUCAGCUCGAGAAGAGCAAGUCAAGGGACAACCUAAGCCACAAUGAUAGCAAGGACGAUGAGAGGGCGAAGAAGCCCUAUCGCUCUGAAAUGAACCUGUAUCUGCAGUAUGAGGGUGCAAAUCCGACCAUUUCACCCGUCACCACGGACACCCAAAGAACGGAAAUGGGAACAAUUACACCGGCGGUGACUACGUCCAGCGAAUCGGGAAACAGUGGGAGCAGUAAAUUAGUGCGACGCACUCGCUCCUUGGAGAGGGAGCACACCGACAGCCCUGCACCGCACAUUCCGGACCCCAUGGCGCCGUUUCCCGACAAGUGCACCUAUCUGGGAUUCGAGCAGCUGAGCCAGGCGGCUGGUGGCGCCGGAGUGCCUCCACAAUCGCCGAAUGGCCAGAGGCCGCCCAUCGCAGCCAAGCCGAAUGUACCGCUGAAACCGCCGCCCCCGCUACCACCCGCUCGCAGGCCAACCAUGCCCACGGAACCACCGCCCCCGCCGCCAACCACUUCCGCUUCCGGCGUAAUCGGUCUGCCGCCCAACAAGAGUCACCUGUACAAGACACUCGCCUCGGCGGCUGCCAAAAGAGCCAUCUUCCGCUCAUCGCCAUCGCAGCUAACCAGAUCCCUGGACGUGGAUCCCACUGUAUCGGAUGGGGAGACGGGCGUGGCGGGUGACCUGGCCGUUGCUGGCAAUAUGGACGAGCUAGCGCGGCGGAAAGCCCGACGCGUGUCCAUCGUUUGUGGAUCUGGACAGGGAGGCCAACAGGACGAGGUGGCCAUGCCCGUGACUACGGUGCCCAUGGCUACUGCCAGUUGUGUGGACCUGAGCACAGUGCUCACUCACCCAACCAUCAAAGCUUUCAAGAUGAGCCACAGCACCCCCAACUCGCCGCAUUCCUCGCGUCGUCGCACCAACAGCAACUCGAUGACAGCUCCACCGGGAACACCGGUGGGCGGUGGACACCCCGAACUAGGGGCCACUGCAUCGGCACCGCCCAGCACCACCCACCAUCACCACCAUCGCAAGGAGGGCAGUGAUCCGGUUCCCAUGACGGCCACUGUUAGUCGCACCAAGUGCUCCAGGCGCCACUCCGAGGGCACCGUUCACACCGUCCACCGGAACAGUGCGGCCAGCGGAGGAGGCGGAGGAGGUGGUCACCACCAUCACAGCCACAGCCACCACCAUCCGCACAGCGGAAUGGUGAUUAGCAGCAAUCCGCACCACAGCCACCAUUCCCACCAGGACAGCAACCACGAGACGGUCACCUCGCUGUCCGAUCGCAACUCCAACAGCUUCGCCUCCUCGCGCGAGUCCUCCACAAGCUUCAGCAUGCGAUCCAAUCGCCGGAAGAUCUCGGUCAGUUCGCACACGGGCGGCAAGAUUCCGUGGUGCGGUUGCUGGGGCAAUGGAUGCCUCUAGAUUGGGGGGAGGUAUCUGCAGCUGCCGUCCAGGAACAAAACUCAGUAUAGUUCACUUAGCUUUCAAAAUGGAAUGGUGAACUAAAAGGUUUUGGAUUAAUAGUUUAGUUUACAAAAAAUUAACUAAAAUCAAAACAAAUGCAUGCCACACUCGACAAAUAAUUAAAAUGCCAACAGCAUUUACAUAUUGGUUUAAAAAUGGUUUUCCAAUUAUUGAAAAAUUAUUUGCUGACAAGUAUUGGAUUUUUAGAAUCAUAACUCAGUGACAUUGAAAGUAAAUAUUAUAGUUUGAAUUUUAUUAUUUGGGACUGAGUAAAAGAAAAUUAUGCAUUUAAAUUACUGUUUGUCUCGACUAACUUUAUUCGAUUUAGUUACGGCAUUGUUAUAAAUAGUCUUAAAAAUAUGUUAACCUGCAGCUAAGUGAAUUAUACUGUAUUCCACAAAUGAGUGUACAUUUCUAAACCUUCAUAUAUCCACAUUGCGAGUUUGUAUAUGGCUAAGUAGGGUUAGAUUGCUUAACAAAAGCGGAGCAGCAUUUUGUUUUUAGUAACUAAGUACAAAACCCAUUUUAAAAAGUAAUUCAUUUAAUCAAAGCAAAUCAAAAUCAACCCCGAUUUUGUUGUACAUAUUUUGUUAAAAACAAUUAAGUUGUAGCAUUUAAAUGUUGGUCUCGAAAAGAAGUAAAUGUAAAUUCUACAAACAAAGUUAUGUUGUAAUUGUUGCUGAAUUCGGAGAGAAUGCAAGUCAGAAAUAUAAAAUAGAAAAUUA